GCGGAAUCUCAUUCAAACUCUCCUCUCUGGAGUAAAGACCACUCCAGUAACCCCAUUAUACAAGAAGAAGAAGAAGAAGAACAACAACAACAACAUCCAGCUAGCUAACUAGUCCAUGGAAGCCGAAGCUUCACCGUUUGAGAGCAGUGAGCUGGUGGCGAGUUUGCUGGCGUCGACGCCUUUGCUCAGCGACUCAUGGAGGCUGUGCAGCCUCUCCAACGCCACAGCUCUUUCGGGUUUCGUAUCGGAGCGAAUCGGAGAUGUCGGCUACUUUGCUUUCUCAGCUUGCAGUAUCCAAACGAUCACGAACGACUCCGAGUACUACUCCACUUGCAGAAACUUGGUGCCAUUGGAUAGCGCCGGCGCCGGCGACGGUGACCGUCCUUUUGCGGUGUUGACGAAAAGUGGUAACAGUGGUAUGAAUGGGAAAGAAGAUGAGGAUGCAGUGAUGGUUCAUGCAGGCCUGCUCCGUCUCUUCUUGUCUCUUCGUAGCUCCCAAGCUUUCCAAGACCAGAUGUUGGCGCUGAUAAAUGGAAGCAAGUCCAUUGUGAUCACAGGCCACUCUAUAGGAGGAACAACUGCCUCACUCUGCGCUCUUUGGCUCCUUUGUUACCUGCAAUCCAUCUCUUCUACCCUUCCGGUGCUUUGCAUUACAUUCGGUUCACCAUUACUUGGUAACGAAUCGCUUUCCCGAGCAAUCCUUAGGGAAAGAUGGGGUGGCAAUUUCUGCCAUGUGGUGUCUAAGUAUGACAUCAUGCCAAGACUCCUCUUUGCUCCUCUAGAGUCCUGCACUCGCCAACUGCAUUUCUUGCUGCAGUACUGGCAGAUGUCUAUGUUGGCUUCUUCUCCAAGCAACUUUGGACAGCUUCCGGUGCUUCAGCUUGGUGAGGAAGAGAAAGCUCAACUCUUCAGCUUCGUAUCACAUUAUAAUUUGCUAGUGUCUUCAGUAGCACAAGCAGAAGCAAGAGAAGAGAAAGCAAAUAGUUUGUAUUGGCCCUUUGGGAACUACCUGUUUUGCUCACAAGAGGGAGCUAUUUGUGUGGAGAAUGCAGCAUCUGUGAUCAAAAUGAUGCAUUUGAUGCUUGCGACUGCAGAUCCCAGCUACUGCAUCGAUGAUCAUCUAAAUUAUGGACAGUAUGUUGGGAUGAUUUCUUCACAGCUCUUGAAGAAGAAAAGCGUGUUUCAAGGGGAAGUGAUUCCGGAGUCAAGCUAUGAAGCAGGGGUUGCACUGGCAUUGCAGUCAUCAGGAAUAAGCCAACAGGAACCAACUGCCGGGCCGGCGGUAGAUUGCCUCAAGAUGGCUAGAGGAAUGAGACAUCUGCGUACACCAAGCCUGAACUGUGCAAACUUAGCCAUCAGGCUAUCCAAGGUCGUACCUUACAGAGCUCAAAUAGAGUGGUAUAUGGUAUCCUGUGAUAAGUCUGAUGAGCAACUUGGUUACUAUGACUCCUUCAAGCGACGAGGAUCAUCGAAAAGGGAUCAUAAAAUCAACAUGAACCGUCUCUUGCUUUCUGGAUUUUGGAAUGAUGUGCUGCGCAUGCUGGAGAACAACGAGCUGCCUCAUGAUUUUAACAAGCGAGGAAAAUGGGUAAACGGUUCCCAGUUCUACAAGCUACUAGUCGAGCCACUCGACAUCGCAGAGUACUAUAGAUCAGAUAUGCACCGGAUCAAGGGUCAUUACUUGAAGCAUGGAAGAGAGAGGAGGUUUGAGAUUUUCGACAGGUGGUGGAGAGAAAGAGAGGUUGGUCCGGAAGAAAACACUAGUGUGAGAAGCAAGUUUGCAGGUUUGACUCAGGAUUCUUGCUUCUGGGCGAGGGUGGAGGAAGCUAGAGAGUGUCUAGCUAAUGUUAGAAGUGAGACUAAUGUAAGGAAGCUGCCUUUGCUGUGGGAAAGUCUUAAUAGCUUUGAAAUGUAUGCAACCAGGUUAGUUGACCGUAAGGAGGUCUCUAAAGACGUUGUAGCAAAGAACUCGAGCUAUUCUUUGUGGGUAGAAGAGUUGAGAGAGCUGAAAUCACAGAUGCAGCAAAUCCAUCCUUCGGUCCCAAGGUUUAGAGAUGGUGAGUAAUUCCCAUAGUUCCAGAUUUCACAUCCUGGAAGGCUAUGUAAUGCAUAUGUUUUCUGUCUAUCUAGAUCACUAUCUGGUUGUCUACACAAUAUGUAAUGCAUACUCAACUAUUUCAAUAAUUCUUCAGGUUGUAUAUACAUAAUACAUCCCUUGUCAACAAACAAACGAUUGUUACUUUGUUUAGUGCUGAUGCUAAAUUAGAAU